AUGUCCAGCAUACAAUCAAAAUCAGCAAAAGUAUCAAGUUUAAAUUCCACCCCAAGUCAUAAGAUCAUUCCUACAGCUGAUGAUUUAAUUCUAUCUAUUUCAUCAGCUAUUUGCUCAACGAUCAGGGAAUCCAACUCAAAGUUGAAAGAAAAUCCCUUUUUCACUGACUUACAGUUCAGUGAAUAUUUUUUUAACUUCGAAAAUUACAAAGAUUUUAGCAAACAAAAGAACGAAACAAGGCUAGAAAAGGUAUUUAGCCUUUUUCAAAGCCUACAUAAAGCUUUAAAGAUUAGCCAUGAGUGUUUCAUAUUGAUCAUGAUAUACAUAAAAAAAUUUUUGUCAUAUACCGAGAUUCCACUGCUAAAUGACAAUUGGGAAAAUAUUGCUUUGAUGUCGACACUAAUAUCUCAAAGAGUGUCGGACAACAACUUCAUGUGCGCAUCGAUAUUCGUAGAGUAUUUUCCUCAACUUUCCUUGAGAGAAAUUGAAUUUAUGGAAAUAGAAUUCCUAAAUAGAAUUGACUACAAUUAUAAGAUUGAAAAAAAAGAGUACUUGGAAAUGAUAACGUUCCUUCAAGAUGCUUAUAAAUCAUACAUGACUUUUUCAUGGGAAAUUGACGUUGAAAAAGUUGAUGACAUCUUAAAAAGAUCGCAGUGACUUUCUAUACCUGAAGAAGAUAGCAACUCGAACUUUAUUUGCAAAUCAGAUGCAAUGUCAUUUAUCGACUUACUACCCCCCAUCCUUGAUCGAACGAUUCACUGUAAAAAUUUCUAAAAAUUGGGAAAAUUAACCCCAUCCUUGAUAGAACGAUUUUCAUAAAAAAUAUUAGUUAUCAAAAGCUUGGGAAUAUGUGCCUAAUGAGAGGUUUUGAGACUACAUGAAGCUACGGAAUCAACCAUCCGAAGUGCUUUAGUCAUCAAACUGGCUUAAAAACUCAAUAAUAAUAAUAAAAAAGAGAUUCUUUAAAAUUUUAAAUUUUUUAAUUCAUAAGGAACAAAUUAAAAUUUAUACAGUUUAAAGGGGUAACCAAAAAAUCAAAAUAUUAAAAAUUGGUAUUCUUAUGAAAUUAAUUCAAUUUUUUGCUGUAAAAAUAAUUAUUAAAAAUUUUUAACCCUCUUAUUUAAAAGUAUAGAAAAAAGAAAUUUUUAUUUUUAUAUAUAAAAUUUGUUUUAACGCCCAUCCUUGAUCGAACGAUGGCGAGCCGUUCGAUCAAGGAUGGGGGUUGUUAGAAGAAAUGGAGUUAUAA